UUAAGCAGGAAAUCGAGGCGAGCACCGAAAUCAUUAGAAAGAGUGUUUUUGCCGAAGAGAUUUUCGCUAUGGUCGUUUACUCCAGCGAUGAAUCUUCUACCAACGCUUAUAACGAAUUUAAAAUUGCGGCUAGUGCCAAGAAUAUUUGCAUUGUGUUCGAAAGCAGACUUGACACACCUUUGCAGGAAAGUCAGCUGGAGGAUGCCGCCAGUGGUAUUUUGAUGAACCAAAAUGCUCGUUUCGUUCUGACUCUUCUACCAGAAAGUGCCUUCCAGGAAUUAUACUCACGAAUUUUGGGCAAAACAAAUAAUGUUUUCAAUCUGACCUUUGUUUUCCCGCCGUUCACUGAAAAGGCGAGCAAUAUAGUACUGAAAUCCAGUGUUCAUGCCUUGGGGGCCGUUCAACUGCGCCACGCUCCGGGGCCAAGGUUUGAGGACUUCAGGCAGUUCUACAGGAACUUGGACGAAAAGGCUUUCCCGACUGUGCCACUUUUUGCAGAGUUUUGGCAGCAAAGAUUCCAAUGUAAUUUACAGGGACAAAAUGGGAACAAUGCCCUACGGUACAGAAAAUUUUGUAACAAUUUAACGCUGUCUCUCAGAAAUGAUGACAUCACAUCAAGAAUUGGCUACGUCAUCACUGCUGUAGACGCCCUGUUGAUGAGUAUUAAAGAAAUCUGUCCACGAGGAGACAUUUGUCAGAGUCUAAACCAGACCAUGUUUGAUCAAGCUAUCCCAAAGAUUGUCAAGAGGGGCGAAAAGGUGUUCGACGCAAAGACUGGUGGACCGACAUCUUUCCAGUUCGAUAUAUUUAACCUUCAGAAAAUGGAGAAGGAGGAUCAAUACGUUCAGGUGGGAACCGUAAAACAGGAUGCCCAGAUUAGCUAUUUGAAGGGCUUUAGCAUCAUGGCAUAUCAACGACACAGAGGAUCUGGUAACGACGAAGUGGUGCAGACGAAACCAACGUCUCUCUGUAACCCACGAUCAUGUGAGGCGUGCCGAGCCCCGCCUCCAGUCGUCACGACGGUCCCGCCCCCCAAUACCACUGUGACGGACGACAUGGAGCGAAUUCUGGGCUCUUACGGUCCCCUGAGAACUCAUCGAAUUGCGAAGAACGCCUACGUCACAGGGAUCUUCUUCCGACAGUUCCGUGAAGAUCGGCAGUACACGAGCCGACUGUAUGCAUCAGACUAUAGAAGCAUUUGGAGUAUCGCCUUGGCGGUUCUGGCUGGGCUAGGAAUCAUUGCCGUUAUCCUACUAGAGAUUUCCCUCAUCUACCUUAUUCUCACCUAUAAAUUCGAAGGCCCUGAAGGGAAGCGUCGGUCCCACUUAAACCUGCGCUCUCUGUGGUUAGGUCAGCUACUGCUAUUCGGGAUUUUCCUGUCCUACCUCACGCUCUUCGCUUACCUGCCCGUGCCGACAAAGGCCAGUUGCGGCAUCACCCGCUUCGGAAUCGGCAUUUCCUACGCCAUCAUUUUCUCCUGUCUUCUUGUUAAGCUGAUGGUUAUUCUGCAUACCCGGAACACAGCAAACUACAUCCCAGGGGAAGUGAACUCCUCCUUUCAACACAGUAUCGGCUACAUGGUCUCUAUUUUUCUGAUCGCUUUCUCUGUCCAGCUGAUAAUCGCUAUUCACUGGCUGAUCCAGGUUCCCCCAGAGGCUGUCCUCGUAAGAGACAACGCCGGAGAUCUGGUGUGGAUCUGUAAUCACUACACGUGGUCGCUCCAGCACGGCUUCUGGGAAAUGCCCAUGUUUUUCAGGACGGAGUUCGAGAACCAUAUCCUGUCCCUUAUCUACAUCAUGUUCCUUAUUCUCCUGACUUUCUUCUUCGCCCUCAAAGCCUUUCACAUUGUCGUUAACAUGAGGGAGAGUCGAUUUAUCGCCCUCGCCACUGGCAUCUCCAUACUGAUCUUCAUCGCCUGGGGUCUGAUCGGAGGCCUCCUCCGGAACCACGAAAAGUCCCACGAGAUCGGGGACGGCUGCAUCGGCUUCGGGCUUUUCUUCACCUCCACAGUCAUCCUGUUCGCAUUAUUCCUGCCCAAGGUGCGACAACUCGUCGUGAUCGGAAUGGAAGGCGUGUUCCUAGAGGACGACAAAGAGACGACGUACGCCAGUUCCAUAUAUUCGCCAGCCUCAGUUAUCUCUCCCAGUGGACACAGAAGCAUGUCUGGUUACGCUGAGGGUAGCGUAAUCGGCAUGCACCCCAUGGACCGUAGCGUCCACGUCGUUAGCGACGCUCACAACUUCUCAUCGGAUGACAUGAGUCGUCCCAUUAUUACCGUGGACACCAGCUUCAUGUCCCCAGAUCCUCCUUUUAUUUACGAUCCACACGCUCUGCAGCUGAAGCAUCCCCGAAGCUCCGGGCCGUCCUUGUACAGUGUGCGCAGUACACCAAACCUAUACGAUCCCCCAGACGUGUACUCGACUAGAGGGACAAAACUCACGCGAAAUUUCACGGGAAGAAGUUACAUGAACGAGACUUUCUCAGGAUCAGAAUACCCUUCACUGUAUCGACCAAAGUCUGAAACUCACCUGUACAAACAUCCUCGAUCGGAAAUAGGAUCCCUUUGAAGAAUGUAUAUUUGGUUCUCCCUCGGAUUUAUUUAUCCGUGCGGUGUAUACAGGCGCUGAAGACUGAUGCCAUUUCUGAUCGCCAUGAACUUUGAACUUUGUGAAACGUCUA